AUGAUUGCAAAAAUGAGCCAGCUUUGCAUGCUUAGUCCAUCACAAACCAACAUUUCUAACUUGAUUUCAAAUGAUAAUCACCUCACAUUACUUGAAAAUCAGUGCACAACCAUACAUGACCUUAACAAAAUUCAUGGCCACCUCAUAAAAACAGGCUUAGCUAACCACCCAAUAGCCAUUAGUCGUGUAUUAGCUUUCUCUGCUACUUCCCUUGCAUCUGACAUUAACUAUGCUUAUUCAAUCUUCACUCGUAUCCAUGACCCUAACCUCUUUAUGUGGAAUACCAUCAUUCGAGGUUUCUCUCAAAGCUCGGUACCUCAGAACGCCAUUUUACUCUUCAUAGACAUGUUAGAAUAUGCAACAGUUGAACCUCAAAGGCUCACUUACCCUUCUGUUUUUAAAGCUUAUGCUCAACUAGGACUUCCACAAUAUGGAGCUCAGCUUCAUGGGAGGAUUAUAAAAUCAGGGCUUGUGUUUGAUCCUUUUAUAAGGAAUACUAUGAUUCAUAUGUAUGCUAACUCUGGAUGUUUGAGUGAAGCCUAUAAGGUCUUUGAUUUUGAUGUCGAUGUCAAUGUCGAUGUGGUGGCAUGGAACUCAUUAAUCAUGGGUCUUGCAAAGAGUAGGGAAAUUGAUGAAGCAAGGAGAUUAUUUGAUGAGAUGGGUUUAAGGAGAAAUGCCAUUUCAUGGAAUAGUAUGAUUAGUGGGUAUGUUAGGAAUGAUAAAUUUAAGGAAGCUUUGUUGCUUUUCAAGAGAAUGCAGGAAGAUGGGAUUAAGGCGAGUGAGUUCACAAUGGUGAGCUUACUGAAUGCUUGUGCAAAUCUGGGAUCUCUUAAACAAGGAGAAUGGAUACACCAAUUUAUAAAUAAGAAUAGGUUUGAGUUGAAUGUUGUUAUGGUUACUGCAAUUGUGGACAUGUAUUGCAAGUGUGGUGCCAUUGACAAGGCUCGAAGUGUGUUUCAGAAGGCUACCAUUAAGGGUUUAUCAAGUUGGAAUUCCUUGAUUUUAGGACUAGCAAAUAAUGGUUGUGAAGAGGAAGCAAUCCGAUUAUUCUCAGAGCUUAUGUCAUUGAAUAUAGAACCAAAUGAUGUCACUUUCCUUGGAGUUCUGACAGCCUGUAAUUACAAGGGCAAUGUCAAUCAAGCAAGAGAAUAUUUCCUGUUAAUGUCUGAAAAAUACAAAGUUAAACCAUUAAUUAAACACUAUAAUUGUAUGGUUAAUGUGUUGGGUGAAGCAGGGUUGCUUAAUGAGGCAGAACAGAUGAUAAAAGGGAUGCCAAUUGAACCGGAUACUAUUAUAUGGGGAUCAUUGUUAUCUUGUUGUAGGAAGCAUGGAAAUAUUGAGAUGGCAAUACGGGCUGGAAAACAUAUUCAGGAAAUUGACUGUAAUGAAAGUUCAGCAUACAUACUUAUGUCUAAUGUCUAUGCAGCCUCAGGUCAGUUUGACAAGGCCAUCAAACAACGAGUUGAGAUGAAAGAGAAACGAGUUCAAAAAGAGAAAGGAAGCAGUUCCAUUGAAAUCAAUGGACAAGUUCAAGAGUUUGUGUCUGGUAGUAGAAUGUUGCAUCCUCAAGUUCAACACCUCAUGUUUCUUGUACAUUCUCACUAUGAUGAGGGAAAUUUAAUGGAAGAAAUAUAUGAAUAAGCAUUCUCUUUAUAUGUGAAUAUGUAGAAUAUGAAUGAAUAAGCAUUAUAAGAAAUAUGAAAGUUGCAUUUGUA